AUGCCUGUUGCCACACAGCUGGAUGCAAAAGAAAUUGUUCUAAAAGCCCAGAUCUUAGCUGGAGGAAGAGGAAAAGGUGUCUUCAAUAGUGGCUUGAAAGGAGGUGUUCAUUUAACGAAAGACCCUAAAAUUGUGGGACAGCUGGCUAAACAGAUGAUUGGAUAUAAUCUAGCAACAAAACAAACUCCAAAAGAAGGUGUGAAAGUUAAGAAGGUGAUGGUUGCUGAAGCCUUGGACAUUUCCAGAGAAACCUACUUGGCAAUUUUGAUGGACCGGGCCUACAAUGGCCCAGUACUGGUGGGCAGCCCCCAGGGGGGCGUGGACAUCGAAGAGGUGGCAGCUUCGAAUCCAGAACUUAUUUUUAAGGAGCAAAUUGACAUUUUUGAAGGGAUAAAGGACAGCCAAGCUCAGAGGAUGGCAGAAAAUCUCGGCUUCCUUGGGCCUUUGAAAAACCAGGCUGCAGAUCAAAUUAAGAAGCUGUAUAAUCUCUUCCUGAAAAUUGAUGCUACUCAGGUGGAAGUGAAUCCCUUUGGUGAAACUCCAGAAGGACAAGUUGUCUGUUUUGACGCCAAGAUAAACUUUGAUGACAAUGCAGAGUUCCGACAAAAGGACAUAUUUGCAAUGGAUGACAAAUCAGAGAAUGAGCCCAUUGAGAAUGAAGCUGCCAGAUAUGACCUAAAAUACAUCGGACUGGAUGGGAACAUUGCGUGCUUUGUGAAUGGUGCUGGGCUCGCCAUGGCUACUUGUGACAUCAUUUUCCUUAAUGGUGGGAAGCCAGCCAACUUUUUGGAUCUUGGAGGCGGUGUAAAGGAAGCUCAAGUAUAUCAAGCAUUCAAAUUGCUCACAGCUGAUCCUAAGGUUGAAGCCAUCCUUGUCAAUAUUUUUGGUGGUAUCGUCAACUGUGCCAUCAUUGCCAAUGGGAUCACCAAAGCCUGCCGGGAGCUACAACUCAAGGUGCCCCUGGUGGUCCGGCUUGAAGGAACCAAUGCCCAGGAGGCUCAGAAUAUACUCAAUAACAGCGGACUCCCCAUUACUUCAGCCAUCGACCUGGAGGAUGCAGCCAGGAAGGCUGUGGCCAGCGUGGCAAAGAAGUGAUGUCUUGGUCAGGAUCCCUGGGGAAGGAAGGCCAUUUUUCCAUAAUAAGGGAUGGUUUUCUCAUCACUGUGAAGAAAUGGUUAUCACCUUUGGAAAAAAGGAGGGGAGAGCAUGAACAAAAAUCAAUGUGCGAAAAUCCUAAAUCUGUAUUUUCUUGAAUAAGAUAUCUAGACAGCCUAAAUCUGAUUUUAUUUAUAGUCUUUGUAAAAAUAAUGUCCUGUUUUCUCAUACUUUUCUAUCAUAAGCCUGCUCAGCAGGCAUUGUUUUGCCAACUUUUGGGAGCAGUCUGUGUGGCUAAGUGAUGUGCGUAUAUACAGAAUAUGAAAUCAGGCCCUGGUUUAUUUACAGGUUGGUGGACAUCUAAUCCUAUAUAGUAAAAAAAAUUUUGGGCCUUUUGAAACUCAAACAAGAUUACAUUUAACAUAUUAACUAUCAAAAAGGCGCACUUAAGACCUUCAAGCAAAUAGCUACUACACACUGCAGCGGUUUUUAUAUGUUUCUAAUUUCAACAUGUUUGGAAAAUUCACAAAUAUUCUACUGUGUAUUUAACAGUGGAAGGUCUGCAUUAAUAUACCAUAUGUGUAUUUUACUGUUUGCCUUAAUAUCGAAUAUACUGUUUACCUCACACUAAAAAUAAAACCAGAAGCCUUAUUUGUAAUUUUGAAAUAGAAACUU